UCUGACUUCUCAAGUGAUUGCGACGCCCUCGUGAACGCGCAUUGAUCUCGCGCAGACCUCUGAUGACGAGCGCACAGAGGUGGCGAUGGGAUACAGAGAUCCUGGACAUUGUGUGGGCCACGUUGUGAUGGUUUGAGGCUAAAACAAAGCUCAUGGUGGGCUAAAGUAUGAUCAGUAACCCUCUCGCUUUGAGCUCCCUCCACUGAGACUAUGAGGCAAGCAGUAACCGCCAGUCUGUCUGUGUGGGGCGAGAGGCGCUUCGGAUACUCCACCCUCAAGGACUCCAGCGAGUCGCUGCUGGACGAGCGCAAGCUUAGGCCUGGACUGAAAGAGGACUCUGUCAUCGAAGAGAAAGAGCGGGCUGAGAAUGAGCAAGAGCAGCUGGAGGCUGUGCUGGGACUUCCAUCCUCUCCUGUGGAGGACACCCACCAAACAGACAGCACAGAGCCCUCAGACCCCACCCUAGACUGCAAGAAGGGUGGUGGGAUGGAAGCGUCUCUAACGUGUGGUGGGAGGAAGGGUUCACUUGGUGCUCUGCCCAUGCAGCGCUGCAGUUCUCUGGGCACCACGGCUCCACAGUGGGUCCCUGAUUCUCAGGCACCAGCAUGCAUGAAAUGUGGAUCCAAAUUCUCCUUCACCAAAAGACGUCAUCACUGCAGAGCGUGUGGGAAGGUGUUUUGUGUGGUGUGCUGUGACCUCCGAUACAAACUGACUCAUCUCGGCGGGAAAGAGGGACGUGUCUGUGUCACCUGUCAUUCAACUUUGAUGAACCGGACGCUUCGCAAGGAUCAGAAGAAGGUCUGGUUUGCAGAUAAUCUUCUUCCUCAGUCUGAGAGUAGAAGUGCCAACAGCUCUCCUCUUCACAGGAGUGUGUCCCACACAGAGAGGGCUGAGCUCGCUCAGGCCGAAAUAUCUGAGCUCAGAGCUGGAGAUGAAGUCAGCAGCAACUCUACAAAACCCACUCCACCAAUGGACCUUCCCCCUAUUCUGACCUCAACAGGGGUCAAAGGAGACUACACUCUGGAGGAGAAGAGAACGGAGUCGUCGCUCUUAGAGGAGCUGGAGAGAGGUCUUGCAGCGCCUCUGGUGUUUGUGCUGAACGCAAACCUGCUGGCCGUUGUGAAGAUUGUCAGCUAUGUGAACCGGCGGUGUUGGUGUGUGAUGUCGAAGGGCAUGCAUGCUGUGGGACAGCCAGAAGUGGUCAUUUUACUGCAGUGUUUGCCUGAAGAGAAGAGAUUCCCGACGGAUAUUUUCAAUCAUUUCAUUCAGAUCUAUUGGGAUGCCCAGACAGCAGCAGGAAAGCUUCUGAAUCACCUAAGUCACUCUUUGGUGUCCCGAGGGUUUCUGGGUAAUAACGAGCACGCUGGCUUUCUUUACGUGCGUCCGACGUUUCAGUCUCUGGAGGGCCUGCCUUUGCCUGCGCCGCCCUUCCUGUUCGGGGUCCUCAUGCUCCGUGCAGAGGCUCCAUGGGCCAAAGCCUUUCCCUUGAGACUCAUGCUGCGUUUAGGAGCGGAGUACAGAUUCUAUCCCUGUCCCUUGUUCAGUGUGCGCUUCAGAGAACCUCUCUUCGGACCCGUCAACAACAGUAUAAUGAGACUCUUAGUGGAUUUCCGGUUUUACCGUUACACACUGCCAACAGUGCCGGGGCUCGUGGUUGAUCUAGAGGCUAGAAGCACCUGUAUAAGAAUCCCUAAAACACGUCAUCCAGAGUUGCUGAAGGCGCUGAAUAAGUCUAAUGAGAGAGUGCUGGCCCUGGGCGCCUGCUUUAACGAGCAGGCCGACUCUCAUCUCAUUUGCGUGCAGACGGCAGAUGGACAGUACCAGACGCAGGCCAUCAGCAUUCACAGCCAGCCACGCAGAGUCACUGGCUCGUGUUUUUUUGUGUUCAGUGGAGCGCUCAAACCUUCAUCAGGGUACUUGGCCAAGUCCAGCAUUGUGGAAGAUGGUUUGAUGGUCCAGGUAACCAUGGAGGCCUUGGCUGAUUUACGUCGAUCUCUACGGGACAUGAAGGACUUCACAGUCACCUGUGGAAAACUCCCCCCAGCAGAGAGGCAGGAAUAUGUGCACAUUCAGUGGCAGGACGAAGAGCCGCGCUUCAAUAAAGGCAUCAUCAGCCCCAUCGAUGGCAAGUCUAUGGAGUCUCUCACAAACAUCAAGACCCAUCAGCGCUUAGAAUACAGAGCCAAUGGGAAGCUCAUACGCUGGACAGAGGCAAGCAGGUUUACCUGUGACUUGUGGAGUGUUUGUGUUUUUAAUACGUUUGCUCAUUUUUAAAGUUAGGGAUAGAUAUAAACUCAGAAUCUUAAAGG